AAAAUUAGGAAUGGAGGGCAUUUAUGAAGACAUAACAGGAAUUUGUCAACAACUAACCUGACAAAAAUUGUAUAGUGGAUAGGAGCUAUUAACUAAUCGACUAUUUGAGGACUCAUUUUGGCAAAAAGGAUGACAGAUUAUGCAGACCACAAAAAUCAUUCGACCAAUCAAUCGAUUUUUGACAGAAAUUCUUCGAGUUACGACCGCCUGUGAUUUUAUGUCAUGGAAAGGAAUACGAGAAAAGAACACAACUUAUUCUAUGGCUCAGUGAAGGACCAACCAUAACAAGAUUAACUCAAACAAUUUUUAUAAAAAGCAAGUUAGUUAUUUUGUAGUUUUUUUGUAUUUAUUUAAAAAUGUCUUUAACAACAAUGACAAAAAUUACACAAACCAACACAGCCUGCUCAGCAGCAGUUGUUUUCCUACACGGAUCUGGUGACUCUGGUCAAGGAUUUCUGAAUUGGAUAAAGUUUCUCAUUGGUGACUUUACCUCACCCCAUAUAAAGUUUUAUUUUCCAACUGCUCCAUUAAGGCCUUAUACACCUUUGAAUGGUGAACCUAGUUAUGUUUGGUUUGAUAGAUACAUUAUAACUCCAGAUGUGGCUGAACAUGUCGAAUCCUUAAGUUCUAUAGGAAAUGUUAUUAAAUCCAUUAUUAAUGAUAUAGUCAAAGAGGGAGUGCCGUUAAACAGAAUAAUUGUUGGUGGAUUUUCAAUGGGGGGUGCAUUAGCUCUACAUUCUGCUUUCCGAUUUACUCCAGGCUUAGCAGGGGUUUUUGCUUUGUCUUCAUUUUUAAAUAAAAACUCUACUGUGUAUACUGAACUUAAAGCUCCUGAAACACCGCUGUAUAUGUGUCAUGGAGAGAAAGAUUCAAUGGUUCCAAUUUCAUGGGGAAAAAAAACAUUUGAGGAACUAGAGAAGCUGCAUGUUAAAGGUGAAUUUGUGCCUAUAAGGUUCACUCUCCAUGAGUUAAAGAAAAGUGAACUGGAAGGGCUGUUUCAGUGGAUUGCCAAGAUACUGCCUCCCAUAGACUCGGAUAACCCAUAAUGCUGUUGAAAAGUGAUAUUAUGGUGCUAUUUUUACAUAUGUUAUGUAGGAGUCAUAAAUUUAUACUACAUGU